CCACGUCAGAAUUACCACAAGGGAGCAAGCAACUAAGGCUCACUCUCGUCAUUAUUACCUUCGUUUGACUAUCUCCCUCGUUCAAAAUGAUUCUCCCAAUUCCGCUACUUGCGGUUGUCCUUCUUUCUUUAGCCCCGUAUGUUUCUUGCCAGCAAUUUACCUCCAACCAGACCCUCAUGGAGGUACUUGAGGGCAUGCCAGAUUGCCAGGAGUACUUUAAACUCCUCCAGCGAUACCCAGCUGCCCAAUCUCCCCCUCCUGGCCCACUACCGUUUACUGUUUUCUGCCCGAGUAACGAAGCAGUGAUACGAAAACUCGCAGAGCCCUCAGGGAGCAUAUUCAAACGCGAUGACCCAAAGGCAACCUCGAGUAUGGCAGCAAAUACUGCCACAGGUGUCUCAGUGACCAAGCCCCCCAGGCCACCUGUGACCCCAGCCCCCAGGGCCCGCGCGAAACGUCAAGUCACUAGUUCCCUCACAGGUCGCCCCACCGUGAUUGUCUCGUUACCAACGGCCGCCGGGGCAACGACCACUGGCACAACAAGCGCUACGCCGGGAAGCUCCCCGGCCGGGUCUCCGGCUGCCUCUACUGCAGUCUCGACUAAUUUCAGAACAUCCGGCCCCGAUCCAUUCGCCCUAGACCCCAACCAGCUCACUCUCAAGACUACCCUCGACAAUCCCGAGGUCGUUAACCUUGGACCUGGGGCGUUUCUUCCCAUGGUUUCUUUUACUCAAGCUCCAUCAGUCUUGGGACUCGCCUGCGGUCUUGGAGAGGUCGUCAAUGUUAACCCCAGAAGUAUCCCCUUCGACCGGGGCGAAGUUCGCGUCUCCGCAGGUUUCGUGACCCUCCCAGAAACCAUCUCCCAAUCUCUCACCUUCCUAGCCCAAAGAACCUUCCUUGAAGCACUCAGAAGGUUCAGACUCCUAAGUUUUUACGAAACCACCCCGCUCAUUACCGCCUUUGUCCCCAUCGACUCGUCAUUGUCGGGAGAGCUCAGCGAGUGCGCAUGCAAGCACCAUAUUGUCAGGGGCCCACCAUUGUAUACUCCCGACAUCGAGCUCGGGAGGGCAUAUACUACAGAUGCUGGCGGAACCAUCACGAUUGAGAUCAAGGACGGGGUGUACACGCUUACUGGUGGGGCGGUAAUCGAGAAGGCGAAUGUAAUUACCCCGAACGGAGUUGUGCACCUUAUUAAAGGCAAUAUUAGUGGAAUAUGUGAGCCCAUGGCAUUUACCGGGGGUAGCAGCAGGGUGGGGGCCUGGGCGGGUGGGUUGGUUGGGUUGGUUGGUGUCGUGGUUGGGCUUUUGGCUUAAGUAUCGCACAGUAAUGUUUGUGAUGGCCCGAGUGACGACUACGAUUACGAGGGUUUAAUGUUUUAUAAAGUUUUACGUUUAAUUUAGUCAAAUUCUGGUUCGUCCUCUCUUA